CUGUGAGUAUUGCGGAAAAUGUGUAGUUCUGUUUCUCUUCGACUGAAAUUAUUUCCGAAGCGUAAUUCAUGAAGUGCGGACUUGUUUAAAAGUCAGACCCCGGACCUCCACUGAUGCUGACCGGACGGAGAAACCUGUCUAGGACUCUUUCAUUGCUCACAAGCAGACGACUUUUGAUCAGUAAAAGUUCAAACUUUAACACAGCGCUAUUCUCCUCGGCCUCAUCCAUCGUUCCAUCGUGCCGCCCGUCACCCACGCGCAGCCUCAGCUUCCUGACAAGCAGGCGGACCUCAGCUCUGCCGCGUUCCUCGGUUAAUUCUCCCCCCAGCUGCCGCUUCUCCCUUCCUGCUCGCCGCACCGAUCCAAUGGCGCUCCGGGAUGUUCUGCAGGUUCUGGAGCAGCUUGCUCCCCUGUCGCUGGCCGAGUCUUGGGACAACGUCGGCUUGCUGGUGGAGCCCAGCAAAUCUCGGCCGAUCAAAACCAUCAUGCUCACCAACGACCUCACCGACGCCGUCAUGGAGGAGGCAGAGGCCCUGCGCUGCGACCUCAUCGUUUCGUAUCACCCGCCGCUGUUUCGGCCAAUCAAACGGCUUGUUCAGAAGGACUGGAAGCAGCGACUGGCCAUCCGGGCUGUUGAGGCCGGGAUGGCGGUCUUCUCGCCGCACACGUCAUGGGACAGCAUGAAAGAAGGCGUCAACGACUGGCUAGUCGCGGGUCUCGGCAGUGGUCAGGUGUCUGUGCUCAGUCAGGCCUACAGCGCCGCCUCCCACAGUCACAAACUGGAAUUCAUGGUCAAAACUGCAGAGGAGCUCAACGCUGUUAUGGAGGAGCUGAAGGCCUGUGAAGGCGGAGCAACGCUGCAAUAUUCAGACAGAAGAGCAGACGGCAGCGGUUUCCAUGUCAGCCUCACCUGCAGCGACUCAGCACUGACCCCUAUUGUCCAGACGCUGUUAAGACACAGCGCUCCCAGUCAGUCCCUCUGCAUCCUGAAGUUGGAGAAGCCACCUCUCCCAGGCCACGGCCAAGGGCGGCUCAGUGUUUUGGACCAUCCGGUCACAGUGGCUACAGCUGUGGAGAAGAUGAAAUCCCAUCUGGGUUUAGUUAAUCUCCGUUUGGCCCUGGGAGCAGGGAGGACACUAGAGUCGUCGGUGUGCACUGCUGCUGUCUGUGCCGGCUCUGGAGCCUCGGUGCUGAGCGGUGUCAAGGCCGACCUCUUCAUCACAGGUGAGAUGUCCCACCAUGAGGUGCUGGAUGCCGUGGCGGCGGGAACCAGCGUCAUCCUCAGCGACCACAGCAACAGCGAGCGCGGCUUCCUGGCCGUGUUCAGGGAGCGGCUCGCCGUGCGCCUCCCCGACGCCGUACAGGUGCUGCUGUCCAAGGCCGACAGAGACCCGCUGCAGGUCGUCUGACGGACUCCCAUCCACGCAUCUGAUCCAGCGUACGGCGCACAGGAAGUCAUCUGCUGAUUGUAAAAUGGCUGCUAUUUCAGUAAAAAAAAAAACGGGCAGUGAUGGAAA